UUUAAUUUAAUUUUUCAAAGAUGGGCUAUAUCUAAGGGAGAUUGACAGGAUUUUGAGACCUGGUGGAUUUUGGGUACUUUCUGGACCACCUAUAAAUUGGAGGGUAAACUAUAAAGCAUGGAAAACAGAGGAAAAAGUGUUGGAAAAGGAACAGAACAGUUUAGAGGAACUUGCAAUGAAACUGUGUUGGGAAAAAGUUGCUGAGGAAGGACAAUUUGCUAUAUGGAAAAAAACCUAUUAAUCAUAUUAAAUGCAGGCAAAAAUUGAAUACUUUGAGUUCUCCAAAGUUUUGCAAUUCAUCUGACCCUGAUGAUGGAUGGUAUACCAAAAUGACACCAUGCAUUUUUCCUCUUCAAAAAGUGAAAGAUAUCAACAAAACAUCUAGUGGUGUUCUUGAGAAAUGGCCUAUGAGAUUAAAUGCUUUACCACCAAGAAUAAAAAAUGAGAAUGAUAAUGGUUUCACACUUAAAGUAUAUAAUGAAGAUAAUAAGAUAUGGAAAAAGAGAGUAUCUUAUUAUGGUGCCAUGCUCAAAUCACUAUCUUAUGGUGGAUAUAGAAAUGUUAUGGAUAUGAAUGCUGGAUUUGGUAGAUUUGCAGCUGCAAUGAGGAAAUAUCAAGUUUGGGUUAUGAAUGUUGUUCCCUUUGAUGCAAAAAGCAACAAUCUUGGUAUUAUCUAUGAAAGAGGACUUAUUGGAACUUACAUGGAUUGGUGUGACAUUACUGAUAUUAUUCUUGAGAUGCAUCGAAUUCUUCGUCGUGAAGGAACUGUUAUUAUUAGAGAUUUCAAAGAUAUAAUUCUAAAAGUAAAAGAAAUAACAGAUAGAAUGAUAUGGGAAGGAGGAACACUUGUCAAAGAUGAUGAUCAUAAUGGAUCAUCUCAAGAAAUGAUUAUGAUUUUCAAUAAUACCAACUAGUAAUUGAUUAAUUUGUUAGCUUUGGAUAGUUAACUUUUUCUUAAUCUUUGUUUUAGUGGAUUAUUAAACUUCAAAUAUGUAUGGUUAAAAUUCAAUUAAUUACAAAUUAGAAAUUUUGGGAAUAAGUGAUGUUUGCAUAGUUUUAAUUUGCAAAGCACAUAUCAAGAUGAGAUGCAAUAGAUACUUUUAUUUGAAAUUCCAAGACUUUGGGCAAUCUAAUGUUAAGUGGUCUUAAAUUUCUAAUGGACUUUUUUUUAUGGGGAGAUAUAUUUUUGUGUUGUC